GGAGGGGCCGGCAGCGGCAGGCGGUGGUGGAGCGGGAGGCAGCGGCCGGGGACAGCGGCGGCAGCGCUAGCGGCAGCGCUGGCAGCAGCCUCCGCCGCCGCCAUGGAGCCGGGCGCCAGGCGCGGGCGCGCCGCCGAGGAGGGCCCACGGCCCGAGGAGGAGGAGGUGGACCCCCGCAUCCAGGGGGAGCUGGAGAAAUUAAAUCAAUCUACAGAUGCUAUCAAUCGGAGGGAGACAGAACUGGAGGAUGCCCGCCAGAAGUUCCGCUCCGUGCUGGUUGAAGCGACAGUGAAACUGGAUGAACUGGUCAAGAAGAUUGGAAAAGCUGUGGAAGACUCCAAACCUUACUGGGAAGCACGGAGGGUGGCCAGGCAGGCCCAGCUGGAAGCUCAGAGGGCGACUCAGGACUUCCAGAGGGCCACUGAGGUGCUGCGUGCUGCCAAGGAGACCAUUUCCCUCGCCGAGCAGCGGCUGCUGGAGGACGACAAGCGCCAGUUCGACUCUGCCUGGCAGGAGAUGCUCAACCACGCCACUCAGAGGGUGAUGGAGGCAGAGCAGACCAAGACAAGAAGUGAGCUGGUUCACAAGGAGACAGCAGCCAAGUACAAUGCUGCCAUGGGCAGGAUGAAGCAGCUGGAGAAGAAGCUGAAAAGAGCCAUCAAUAAAUCCAAACCUUACUUUGAACUGAAGGCCAAGUAUUAUGUCCAGCUAGAGCAACUGAAGAAAACAGUGGAUGACCUGCAGGCAAAGCUGGCCCUGGCCAAGGGGGAGUACAAGACUGCCCUGAAAAACCUGGAGAUGAUCUCGGACGAGAUCCACGAGAGGAGACGCUCUGCUGCCAUGGGGCCGCGGGGCUGCGGCGUGGGGGCUGAGGGGAGCAGCACCCCUGUGGAAGACCUGGCAGUGAGCAAGCCAGAGUCAGACACCAUCUCCAUAGCCUCGGAGGUGUUCGAGGAUGACAACGGCAGCAGCCUGGUGUCCGAGGAGGACUCGGAGACUCAGUCGCUGUCCAGCUUCAGCUCUGGCCCCACCAGCCCCUGCGAGGUGCCCGCUCCGUUCCCUCCUGCCGCCCGACCUGGCAGCCUGGAGCUGCCCAGCCCCGUGUCCCUCUCCGAGUUCGGGGCCAUCUUCCCGGCGCUGGGGCCCCGCAGCGAGUGCAGCGGAGCCUCCUCCCCGGAGUGCGAGGCCGAGCGAGGGGACAGGGCAGAAGGGGCUGAGAACAAGGCGAGCGACAGAGCGAGCAGGAGCAGGAGCGGGCGCAGCGGCUCGGCGGAAGGGCUGGCGCUGGAGGGCAGGAUGAAGCAGCUCUCCCUGCAGUGCAUGAAGAUCAAAGAGGGCAUCUGCGCCGGCAGGAAGGCUGCCCAGAUCGGCUGAGGCUGCCUCCUGCCCUGUGCUGGUGACUGGCAGCCUAAGUGUUUGUGGAGGACCUUCUGGGUGUUAGAAGAAGCCUGUGCCAACGCCAGAUGAUGCCAAACCUUAAGCGUUUCCUCUCGGAGUCUGAAGCUGCACUAAGGCGUCCGCUUGCGGGGGGGGUGCCGAAGGCUUGGUUCGGUGCCGCCUCUGCAGGCUGGGCGAGCUCCCCGGUGUGAAGCUGUGCCCAUAGUUGUCAGACUUUGUACAUUGUUUUGUAGCAGCCCGGCUGAAGCAAUAAGCAGUCACGGCCCCGCGUCAGUGGAUGCCUGCAGGGGGGCUGCAAGCCAAGCCAGACGUUCGGCUUGGGGGUCGUAGGCUGGACGGGUCUGUAGAUAGCUGUGAUCUCUGGAGUGUUAGGUGGCAUAGUCUUUGAACACCUGUGUUUGUCUGUGUUACACUGAGCUAGGAAAGCUGUUGCAUGCCUGGGGUCUGACAGCCUUCACUUCCUCCUCGGUGCUCACAGAGAGGGGGGAGAGGAGGCACAUCUGUAAGAACUGGGGGGGAGAGACAGACUGAGGAGAUGGGAACGCUCAGGGGGCUGGGCCCUUCCCAGCCACCUGCCCGAGUCUGCCUGGGACACCAAGAGUGAUUCCAGUCAUGAAAAAAGAGUUGGUUGGUUGACCCUGGCCCAAGAGGUGAAGUAUUCCUCUCCAGCACUUUGUUUUUGCUCGCUGUCGGGAGCCAUUGGUGUGUUGAGGGCAGCUCUGCCCAGGGCUCUGCCCUGCCCUCUGCAUGAACAAAAGGGAGUGCCAGCACAGCUGCCUGUGUUCUUGAGCUUCUCUGUCAGUUGUGCUGUGUGGGGGCUGUGACAGGGACUGGGGAUUUUUCUGUGCCCUGCAGGGAGUGUUGCAGAGAAACCCAGAGAGGGCUCGGGCAUGUUGUGCUGGCAGCAGUAGUAGUGUCUGGUAGUUAUGUUACUCAGUGGUAGUAAAAAAUCCUAGGACUGGUUGGUUUUAUGGUGGCUCAGUGUUUCUGAGAGCUCCCUUUUACCUGAGCUCUCAGUUUCUAUUGCUCAUUGGAUGGGAUUUUUAGUAUUGCCCCCCCAGGUCUUUUCUAUUCUGUUUUUGCAGUCCUGUUGUAGUCCCUCCCUGCCACGGCUGUGUAUCUCCCCUCAGAGGCCAUGUAAACCUCUUCACACUACAGUAAACACUUCUGGUUUCCACCUUUC